ACGGCGGCAGCUAAGCAGGAAAGAUUUAUUUCCAGAACUCGGUGGCAUUUCUGCGGGUGGACCAAGGAAAGUUUAGGAAAAAGAAAAUUCAUUGUUUCCACCUAGAUUAACACGAGAAUUACAUGCAUUCCGACCAUAGGUAGCCAUCACAGAUACUUGUUCCACUCCAGAACCAGCAGCAUGGCGCUGAACCGCCUUUUCCAGCUCUCCUCCCUCCUGCGCUCCGCAAUAGCGCUGACCCUCCGCAGGAACGUGGGGCUCUCCGCCGUGGCUUUCAACCGGGCCAAGGACCUGGACCCCGUCCAGAAACUCUUCCUGGACAAGAUUCGAGACUACAGGAGCAAGGGAUCGGGGGGUAUGGUGGAUGCUGGGCCUGACUAUCAGAAGAACCUGUCUGAGGAGAUGACCAAACUGCAGCGGCUCUACGGUGGUGGUGACCUCACAAAAUUCCCAGGCUUCAAAUUCCCAGAGCCUAAGUUGGAUGAAGUGGCACCCAAAUGAGGAAUCCUCAUCCUAAUGUCUUCUGUUUUACGUGUCAGUGCUUAUUAUUAGUAUUAUUAUUAUUAUUUAAUAAAUGAAACUCUUAUGAA